CUUCUCUGAGAUGCUGAGGCCUAUAUAAGAUAGAGGCUAUCCAGUAACAAACUCAAACUGUACAGACACCUCAAGCAAUUUCCAGCUUUUGAGAUUCUGACGACAUCUUCUCUCUCUCACCAUGUGGAAGGCAGCACUCUUGACCCUGUGCUUGUUGGUGGCAUUGGUAGACAGGGUGCAGUCCAAUGACGAUCACCCUUCUUUCUACGGGGUUAAACUGUGUGGAAGAGAGUUCAUACGAGCAGUCAUCUUUACCUGUGGUGGUUCUCGUUGGAGGAGAAGCCUGGGAGACUCAGCUCUUAUUGGAGAAGAGGCCUUUGACCCAUGGAACACAAAUCCCAUUCCUGAACUUACCAGCAAGCAGGAUCCUGCAGAGUCCCAAGCAUGGAGAGCUCAAACAUCAAAUGUUGCAUCUGUGGCUGCUGGAUUCAGCCGCUCAGCUCGCUUGCCAAUCUCGGACGAGGUGCUGGAGGCUCUACGGAGUGCAGAUAGGAAAGGACGAGAUGUAGUGGUAGGACUGUCCAAUGCCUGCUGCAAGUGGGGCUGUAGCAAGAGUGAAAUCAGCUCUCUGUGCUGA